GCAGCUGUGAUUUGAAGUUAUAUUUGGCUUGCGAAUGGCUGAGAGAAGCCAAAAAAAAAGAAAGAGAAGUACCGUCGUUGGUUCCUGAGAAAGUAGAGUAUAGGCCUAGUUAAUCAAAAGGACGAGGAAUCUCUGCGUGUACAAAACAAACAAUGCAGUGGAACAAGAGGGACAGGGAAAAUGGGAAAGUAACGACUUAGGUCGAGAUGUUAACCAAAUAGAAGCUUAGGAGGCAUGCUUGAAGGUGCUCUCGUGCAUCGCAGUGGGAGGUCUAAUGAACUGUUCCAGUUGAAGCAAGAAUCGCAUGUGGAUCUUUUUCCUGCUAAAAUUAUGGAAUUGCCUUCAAACAGCUUGGAAAGUACCCCAACUCAACAUCUCUUCAACACGGGAAAUAGGAUUCUGAAUGACAUAUUUGUAAGAAUGAAUGGAGAAGUACCUCAUCGCGCGGCAUGCCUGUUAAGAAAAAUUCUGCAAGUGAUUGAGGGGCGCUUUUCAAAUCAAGCAGAGAGCCUGAAAACUCAAAACAAUCUUUUCAAAGCUCGUGAAGGGAAAUACCAGUCGAUAAUAAACGUACUUGAAACCCUUGUGGCAGGGACAACUGAGGAGAAUGAGGUUGUCACGAGUUGGUUGCAGCAGUUGAAGCAUGAGAAAACUGAACUGGAGAAGAAGAAACUUGAAGAGCAGGAUUUUGCUCAAUUUAAAAGAGACAAAGUUCGCAAUGAAAUUGAGAUUUCUGCCCUGAAGCAAGAACUGGAAACGACUAAAAGGGCACAUGAAGAGCAGUGCUUGCUGUUAGAAUUGCAUCUUAGUGAAUCUAAAGCUCAUUAUGAGAAGAGAACAGAAGAACUUGAGAGUCAUCUAGCUAAUGCAAGGACACAAGUGAAGGAACUGAAGACCUUUUUGAAAUCCAGAUCUUUGAAAUGGAAGGACAAGGAGCAUACCUUCGAGAGUUUCCUAACGACCAAUUCUCAUGUUGUGCAGGAAUUGAGAGCUGCAAUGGAAUCUGUAAAAAUGGAAUUGCUAAAAUCAAAGAGAAGCUACUCUGAGGAACUCACUUCUUUAGGAAUGAAGCUCAAAGGUCUAGCUGAAGCUGCUGGAAUUAUCAUGAAGUUCUUGCAGAGUAGAAAAUUGUAUAACGAAGUUCAAGAUAUGAAAGGAAGCAUUAGAGUGUAUUGUCGAAUCAGGCCAUUUCUUCCUGGGCAAAGCCAAAACCAGACAACUAUUGAGUUUGUUGGUGAUAAUGGUGAAUUAAUUGUUAGCAAUCCUCUCAAGCAAGGGAACGAAAGUUGUAAGCUUUUUAAGUUCAACAAGGUUUUUGGCACGUUAGCAACUCAAGGUAGGAAUACAGUGACAUCCAACCGCUUUAUUCGUUCUGUUCUUGAUGGUUACAAUGUUUGUAUAUUUGCUUAUGGUCAAACCGGUUCAGGAAAGACAUACACAAUGAGCGGACCUAGCUUAACAUCAAAAUCAAAAUGGGGAGUCAACUAUCGAGCACUUCAUGAUCUUUUCCAAAUCUCCCAGAGUAGGAGAGGCUCUAUCAUUUAUGAAGUCGGCGUUCAAAUGGUUGAAAUUUACAAUGAAGUAGUUCGCGAUUUGUUAUCAAGCAAGGGUCCUCAAAAGAGAAUAGGAAUUUGGAAUACUGCCCAACCAAAUGGGUUGGUGGUCCCUGAAGCAAGCAUGCAUUCUGUUAAUUCAAUGAAAGAUGUCUUGGAGUUGAUGAAUAUUGGGCAGAUGAAUCGAGCAACUAGUGUCACAGCUUUAAACGAAAGAAGCAGUAGAUCCCAUAGUGUUCUCACUGUCAUGCCGUGGCACACGGAUUUGGGAAGCAACACUAUAUUGCGUAGCUGCUUGCAUCUUGUAGAUCUUGCAGGAAGUGAACGAGUCGACCGUUCUGAAGCAACAGGAGAUAGGUUAAAGGAGGCACAACAUAUAAACAAAUCCCUAUCAGCCCUGGGAGAUGUGAUCUUUGCUUUGGCUCAAAAAAGUCAGCAUGUGCCAUACAGAAAUAGUAAAUUAACACAACUUCUUCAAAGUUCAUUAGGUGGCCAAGCAAAAACCCUUAUGUUUGUGCAGCUUAAUCCUGAUAUUGCUUCAUAUUCUGAAACAAUAAGCACCUUGAAGUUUGCUAAAAGGGUUUCUGGCGUCGAGUUAGGUGCUGCACGUAGCAACAAAGAGGGGAAGGAUGUCAGACAACUCAUGGACCAGUUAACAUAUUUGAAGGAUGCUAUGGUGAGAAAGGAUGAAGAGAUUGAGCGGUUGCAGAUGGUCAAGGCAAAUCUCGAAAACUCAAAGCAGGGUAUGAUCUCACCAAGGCAUGAACCGUCAAUUCAUAGCAGGCAACCCAUAAGGACUCCCCGACAUAGCCAAAAACUUUCAGGAAUUGGUGUGAAAAAACUACUUCUGACCUGGGCAACUGGUCAGAGCAUGAUGAAAAGCAUUCAGAACCAGGCCUCUAUUCAAUGAAUGAACUCAGCAAAAUCCCUGGUUCCCUGGAGUUAAAAUUAACAGAGAAGACAAAGAUAAGAAUCUCAAUGAGGUGGAUGAGCUGCUAGGAACCGGAGGUGCAAAUUUUGAAGAGAGAUUGAGUGACAUAUCAGAUGGUGAUCUCUCAAUGGGACACAGAAACUGAUCGCUCAAUCAACAGUGUUGUGGAGUGCACUUUUUUCCGGAAGCGAAGACAGCUGAGCUUACACCAACUAGAGUAUAACCGAGAACAUUCCAGCUGAGAAGCAGAGAAAUUUACUGUGCCAUCCUCGUUAAAAAUUUCCAGAACCUCACAAGUCCCGCACAAAGUGCAGAUCAAAUCAUCGAGGUUGUCACUGAGUAGAAGCUCGUCAAAGCUUAUCUCAAGUGUAAGGAAAACCGCAACUGGUAGCUCUUCAUUGAAGCCGCCCAAACGAUAGCAAUAGCCAGGAUGUUGCUUGAACGAUGUAGAGUGACCAUAGUGGUAGGAACUAAUCCUUGUUUAUGACACUGAUCCAGUUGUAGCUUAUCGCCCAUUCAAUGCGAUAUUGGAUGAGGCUUUAGCUUGUAUCUAAGCAUUGUAUUGGCUUGCAAACCUAGCUAGAAACUAGCAUGUAUCUAAGCAUCAUAGUAAGUUAUCUUGCAAUCUUCAUUCCAUCUGUUAAAUUUUCUAGUUAUUUUACUA